CAUAGAUUUCUAAGACGGCACAAGGCUGACAAGGCUGCGAUUUCAAUUUACGCGUCGCGUAUCCCACGCUUCAUCCACACGCGUCUCCACUUGACGAACUUCCAUAAAUUUAUAUGCCAACCCCGCAGUAAACACAAGCAACUUCCAAGAGUGAAAUUCUUAUAUCACACCAGUAUGCCCCAUUCUGUCACUCCCGACUUGCAACCUACUGGAACCACGGGGGACGAAACCAUGGAAGAAGCGGUGGACGUCCAAAAUACCGAGGCCUCAGUGCCGACCAAGGAAGACGAGGAGAUGGGCAACAUCGAUGGCGAAGAAACGAAACUUGUUAAGACCGACGACUCAGACGAAAUGGACGAGCCAACUCCAGCACAAGAAAAUAUCAAGCCAGACCCGAGUCCAGCGAAAGUAAAACAAGAAAUUAACCUCGAAAACAUCUUCGACGACAUGUCGUCCGACGAGGAAUUCCCCAGCUCUGCCGCCCCAGACACCAAAGUCAGCCCGUCGCCUCAAGAUGCCCCGUCACCUAUAAAUAUCGGUCCCAGCGCGCGAGCUUCGGACCCAGAAGUCAUGCGCUCGUUCUACCAGCGCCUGUUCCCCUGGCGCCCCCUGUUCCAGUGGCUGAACCACAGCCCGAUGCCCAGCAACGACUUCGCGCACCGCGAAUUCGCAUUCACCCUGUCCAAUGAUGCCUACCUGCGUUAUCAGAGCUUUCCGAAUUCCGAACUGCUGCGACGCGACGUACUGCGCCUGAUGCCGUCUCGUUUUGAGAUUGGGCCGGUAUAUUCGACGAACCCGCGAGAUAGGAAGACACUGCGGGGAUCGACGGCGUUUAAGCCGAUCGCGAAGGAGCUGUGUUUCGAUAUCGAUUUGACGGAUUACGAUGAUGUUAGGACGUGCUGCGACAAGGCGAAUAUCUGUAUUCGGUGCUGGCAGUUCAUCACGAUGGCGAUCAAGGUCGUGGAUGUGGCGUUGAGGGACGACUUUGGGUUUAAGCAUAUUAUGUGGGUGUAUUCUGGGCGUCGUGGAGCUCACGCAUGGGUUUGUGAUAAGAAGGCUAGGACGAUGGAUGACAGUAAGAGGAGGGCGAUCGCGGGGUACCUCGAGGUUAUUAAGGGAGGUGCACAGAGCGGGAAGAAAGUUAAUGUCAAGAGGCCAUUGCACCCGCAUCUUGCCCGGAGUUUAGAAACGCUUAAAUCGCACUUCCAGGCUGAUAUCCUGGAAGACCAAGAUCCUUGGGCCACUCAAGAGAAGGCCGACCGCCUGCUACAAUUACUCCCCGAUAGGACUCUCAACGAAUCCCUGCGCAAGAAGUGGGAUUCUGCGCCUGGCCGCUCCUCGGCUUCCAAAUGGGCCGAUAUCGAUGCCUUGGCCAAGUCUGGAGCCAGUAAAUCCCUGGAUACGAAAGCGCUCCUGGAGGCCAAACAGGAUAUCGUUCUCGAGUAUACGUAUCCACGUCUCGAUAUCGAGGUCAGCAAGAAGCUAAACCAUUUGCUGAAGAGUCCGUUCGUCGUUCAUCCGGGCACUGGGCGAGUUUGUGUGCCUAUAGAUACGAGAAAGCUCGAGGCGUUUGACCCGCUAGCCGUGCCUACUGUGACAGAGUUGCUUGGCGAAAUCGAUAAAUGGACAGGCCCGGAGGAGGUCGGGGGGAGGAACGUCCAGGACUGGGAGAAGACUUCUCUCAAGCCGUAUAUUGACUACUUCCGGACGUUCGUGGCUGGGAUCAUCAGGGAUGAAAAGGAGAGUGAGAAGGAGGUUAAGGUUAAGCGUGAGAGAGAAGAGGGCGUUGCUGCGCCGGAGGCUAUGGAGUUCUAACGCUUUGAUGUUUUGCCUAGGGGCUUGGGCGGGGGAGGCGGCGUUGGUAUGGAAUUGGAUAUAACUGCGUUUUUAAGAAGCAACGCCUUGAUGAGCGAGAGUUCUUCCGUAUCGUCCUCACAUCUGGUGUUGUAAUCGGUGACCGAGAGGCUCUUGUAGUGUGCCUUAUCGCCUCGGACGAUGUUGAUAUUUGUUUUAGGGACAUUUAGAACCUGGGCCGAGACGUUAGAUCAAAUGAUAAUUGUAUUAUGCAUUACCCUCCGUCUUGGGUAGCAAUCUCUGGGAAUUUACCUUGCUUAGGAGCAAUUUGACGG